AUGCACAGGGCAGACCUGGGCUGUCGAGAAUCCCUCGAUGGAGCUCAGAACGGUCUCGGCUGCUGGGUCCAGGAUAUCGACAAAGUCGUUCAAUCGGCAAAGAAGGGCUUCGAAGCAUGGAAGGCAGUUGCAGAGCUGGAAAAGGGAAGGGUUAUCCGGAAACUGGAUAAUUUGAUCGAACGGGAUGUGCAAGACCUGACAUCCAUUGGGCAAUGA